GCCCGUGGAGCCACCAUGUCCACUGCCUCCUCCUCCUCCAGUUCCUCCCAGACCCCUCAUCCCCCGCCGCAGAGGAUGCGGCGCAGCGCCGCGGGCUCCCCGCCCGCCGCCCCCGCCGCGGGGAGUGGGAACGGUGCGGGCGGCGGCUUGGGCUGCGCCCCGGCUGCGGGAGCCGGCCGGCUGCUGCAGCCCAUCCGCGCCACGGUUCCCUAUCAGCUCCUGCGGGGCAGCCAGCACAGUCCCACGCGCCCGCCCGCCGCCGCCGCCGCCUCGCUGGGCAGCCUCUCGGGGCCCGGCGCGGCCCGCGGCCCCAGCCCGCCCAGCCCGACGCCGCCGCCGGCCGGGGCCCCGACCGAGCAGGCGCCGCGGGCCAAGGGCCGCCCGAGACGGUCCCCCGAGAGCCACCGGAGGAGCAACUCACCUGAGAGAAGGAGUCCCGGCUCGCCCGUGUGCAGAGUGGACAGGCCAAAAUCUCAGCAAGUUCGAACCUCUAGUACAAUAAGGCGAACCUCUUCUUUGGAUACGAUAACAGGACCUUAUCUCACAGGACAGUGGCCACGGGAUCCUCAUGUUCAUUACCCUUCAUGUAUGAAAGAUAAAGCUACUCAGACACCUAGCUGUUGGGCAGAAGAGGGAGCAGAAAAGAGGUCACAUCAGCGUUCCGCAUCAUGGGGGAGUGCUGAUCAACUAAAAGAGGGCCUCCUACAGCUGGGUGACUUCAUGAGUGAUGGGAUCCUGGAGGCUCCUUUUCUGUUUCUUGCUCACCUCCUACCUAACUCCAUAGCUCCUGUUUCUGACCCCUCUGGAAAUAGAGCAAGGGGGAGAGAGGGAAAGAUUGCCAAACUGCGGCAGCAACUGCAACGUAGUAAACAAAGUAGUCGGCACAGUAAGGAGAAAGAUCGGCAGUCUCCUCUCCAUGGCAACCAUAUAGCCAUCAAUCACACUCAGGCUACUGGAUCAAGAUCAGUCCCUAUGCCGCUGUCAAAUAUCUCAGUGCCAAAAUCAUCUGUUUCACGUGUGCCCUGCAAUGUAGAAGGAAUAAGUCCUGAGUUAGAAAAGGUUUUCAUUAAAGAAAAUAAUGGGAAGGAGGAAGUGUCUAAGCCCUUGGAUAUCCCGGACGGCCGAAGAGCUCCACUCCCUGCUCACUACCGGAGCAGCAGCACGCGCAGCAUCGACACGCAGACCCCCUCUGUGCAGGAGCGCAGCAGCAGCUGCAGCAGCCACUCGCCCUGUGUCUCCCCCUUCUGUCCCCCAGAAUCCCAGGACGGUAGCCCUUGCUCAACAGAAGAUUUACUCUAUGAUCGUGAUAAAGACAGUGGGAGUAGCUCACCGUUACCCAAGUAUGCUUCAUCUCCCAAACCAAACAACAGCUACAUGUUCAAACGGGAGCCCCCAGAGGGAUGUGAGCGAGUGAAGGUCUUUGAGGAGAUGGCGUCUCGUCAGCCUAUCUCAGCCCCUCUCUUUUCAUGUCCUGACAAAAACAAGGUUAAUUUCAUCCCAACCGGAUCAGCUUUCUGUCCUGUAAAACUCCUAGGCCCUCUCUUACCUGCCUCAGACCUGAUGCUCAAGAACUCUCCCAACUCCGGCCAGAGCUCGGCCCUGGCAACCCUGACCGUGGAGCAGCUCUCCUCCCGGGUCUCCUUCGCGUCUCUCUCUGACGACACCAGCAUGGCAGGCUCCCUGGAGGCCUCCGUCCAGCAGCCAUCCCAGCAGCCCCCGCAGCUCCUGCCGGAUCUGCAAGGUGAGGAACAUGUCCCUGCUCAGAACUAUGUGGUCAUCUAAAGCAGAGGGGAGCGGGCCUGCACCCGACCUUCCAUGGAUUAGGAACUAGAUCUCAGACGUUACCUGCAUGGAGUGACACAACUUUCCAAACACCACCGCCGACACCAGGCUGCUUCUCGGCAUCGUGAAGUAUCUCUGAACACUGACCUUGGCAGGGACGGAGCUCCUAUCAGCAGUUUUGUGGAAAGCAGUAAAGCUUGCAAAAUAUGUGUGUCAUUGAGCAUUUUAAGUGGAGACUAUGCAUUUCAUAGUAUGUUUGACAGUACUGUGUCCUGUGUUUUGUUCCAAAUUCUUCAGUAUAAAUAAGCUCUAUAUCAAAAAGUUGCCUGUCUAAGUAGAAAAUGUCUUGCUGUGUUUUGUCCUAUGGAAAAUACUGUACUUCAGGAUUAUGUUUACAAUUGAUCCAGGUGUUUGUUUCUAACUUCUGUAAUACAUACAAUGCAAAAAAUAAAAUAAAAUAAAUGGCCACAACAGUUGCACAGUGCCCACCCUAUGGCCUAGCUUCAGGUACUUCAGUUGAAGUCUAAACUCAGGUAACUUGGAAUGUAUAUCAUAUUGGGAUAUUAACUAUUUCACAGCUAAAAUGCUAAAGAGGGAACAUCACUCUUUGCCUUUCCUUGUUUUAUGCAUUUCCCUUUCCUCAUGACAUUCCACAUUCUUAGAAUAAGAAGUGCAUUCAACCCUAGGAGAACGAUAAUCCUGGACAUGGGUGAACAUGAGAAGAACCAGCAAAUUUGUGGUGUCUGACAUCACUCUUGUCAUGUGGUUACAAGUACAACAGCUGUUGCAUUCACUGUCUCAACAUGUGUGAACGUGGCUUUUCCUACAAGUUCAGGUGUUGCUCAGUUAGUGACUGUCCAGUGUCUCAUAUGCAGCGUCCAGUCCCAGGCUGUCCGUAAGCAUUCCACAUCGUGUGUGAUGGGAUUUAAGGACGAGAUAUCUAGGCUUAACGUUAGAAUGAGGGAAGUUUCACAGGAUGGUUGAGAUUUUUUUUGUUUAUGCUGGCCAUCGAGGUCAUGAAAUGCUACUGUGUUAUCUAAAGGCGUAUAUUGGUUUUAGUUUCCCUUUUGGAAAGCCUUUAACUCGCAGGUUUAAAAAGGACACACUUUGGGUUAUUGUCUUCUUCAAGUAGUUGAGGUGCCUGAGUUACAUUCAUGUAGAGAGAGAAUAUGUAGGUCUCAAAAUUAAUACCGCAGAAGGAAGCUGGUUAUCGGCGACUUACAAAAGAGGUCGUUUAAGCUCAUUGAAGCCUCUCACAAUAAUAUCAUGAGUAGUUCUGUUAAUAUUUUGGCCCUACAAAGUACAGUCAAAACCCAAGUAAAUAGUCUUGACCUUGCAGACUUGACCUAACUUCUCAGCAAAGGGUGAAGAGAGCCCUAGAUACUCCUGUUUGGUCCGUGGAAGAGCCCGGCUUUCGGAUGUUUUCUGCCACACAGGGAGAGUAUCCAAAAGCAAAGGAAAGUUUUUGUAUUUUUAUUCCAUUGCUUUCAGUUCGAUAAAACAUAGAGUUGUUUCCGUCUGCACCUAAAGUGUAGGGCACAAUUUUCUGAAGAAUUGGGGGGACAAGAUGCCUACAGCUACAGGAACGUUUCAGUUCCCGUCAGUCAUUCCUGGACUUUAUUUUCUAAGGAGGUUGAAGACGGAAGAGAUGAUAAAAGAUGAAAGCAACACUAUUGAUUUUUUUUUUUAAAGAAAUGGCAUAAAUGUGUAUAUGUUUGUGUGUGUAUGUAUUCUGUGUAUUAUUUUGUCAUGAUCCCAAUGAUCUUCUGUCCACCAAAGUUUGCAGUAAUAUUCUCUCCUGAAGGUGCAUCCUGGCUCCUUUAAAUUAGUCAGUGUUACGUUGUAGGAGACUGUCAUGGAAAAGGACUCAGUUUACUUUUGCCAUUUUCACAGGGGAACCUUUUAAAUCAAUCUCUUCAGCAGCAGACACCUUUAACCCUAAUAAUCUCAGGCCUUGAUGAAAAUACUAUAUUUUGUAGAUUAUGGUUAAAGGGAGAAAAUUAUUAGCUCUGUAAGAUAAAUAUGAGCUCCAUUAACUUCUGAUAAUCUGGUUUAGCAGUACAUAUAUGUUGAUCUUAUGCUCUGCUUUUGUCCAAAUAAGAUGCAAUAGUAUCAAUAUCAAUUUCCGAAAGAUGGACUGAAUAUGCUUUUUGGGUGAUGAACUCUGAUGUACGAUAUUUAUAGUGAUAUGUGCUUUUAUUUUCUCAUGAGAAACUGAAUAUUAAUUGUGUUGUACAUUUGUUCCUAGCCUAUAUUCAAGUUUUGAACCAAAUGUGUUAAAGCUUAUGCUUUGCCAUGUAAAUUUCCCAGAAGUUGUUGAGCUCAAAUGUAUCCUACACCCAGCUGUAGAAAUUUGUCAGAAAUUGUUUAAAUUUUGUAUAUAGUCGUACUGUUUGAUUCUAGCCACUGCGCUGAACAGUAUUCGAGUUACCAUCAAUAUGGCUUUACACAAGAAAUGUGUGGCUUUUGUUUUGUAUUUUUUCAGUAUAGAAGUAACUGUGUCUUAUUUAAAUAAAGUUAUUAGUAAAAGUG